AUGAGUUUUUCUCCUCGUGAUUCAUGGCCCCUUCCCGUGAUGCAAAAACUGAACAUGGACGAGAGCACCUUGGAAAAUCCUGUGGCCUCACUUGAGGCUGCCUCGAUACCCACAACCGGCGUGCCCUCUCCAGCGUCUCUCUCUGAAAUCCCUCGUUCUUCUCCUCCUCCCUUGGCUUUGUCUGCCGCAGUUUCUUCUCCCGUUGCUCCUUCCUCUUCUUUGCUGCCGCACACCCCGGCGGCCCCUUUAGCCCAUUCACCUUCUGCGUCAGCGGUUUCCUCCGUGAAUCCACCGGAGUCAACUUACUAUGGCCCUGCUGCCUCAAUACCGCCCCCGCCUUUCUCGUCGUCCGCAUCCUUCCAUCCUUCGGUGGCGUCGGCGCAUGCUGCUGUGUUUACUCUCGCACUGCAGUCUGCUUCUUCUUUUCCGCCUGCCUCGACCGCAGGACCUGCCGCUUCAUUUCCUGUCUCUUCUGCCCCCGCGUAUCCCCCUCCCUAUUCACAGCCUCCGCCUCCCGCCCCUACAGUUUCGAUCUACGUGAACCCAGCCGUUCCGCCGCCUACACAGCCGUCGUCGUUUUCUGCCCCCGCCCACAGUGCGCCUCAGGCCUCUCAGACCCCUCCGCACUCCUCCCCGCCUUCCGCUGCCGCCUCAAGCGCAUCCGAGGGCUUGAGGAGACCCUCACCCCGCGGGCAGCUUGCGUUUAGGCAGGAACCGGACCACCAACCACGGAAUGCCGGUUCAUUCGCAACCAGGGGCGACGCGAGAACGGAACGGGGCGCCGAGGCGGAGCGGCAGGAAGUUACCGAAGAAGAUCGAAGCGCACCCACUGGGAACGCCGCUCCGUUCUCUUCAGCACCUCAUCCUCCUACCUCACACCGCGUCGAGCCCUCAUUUCCUCAUUCGCUUCCUUCUGCAUAUGCUGGAGUGCCUCAGUCUUCCUCGGACAGCCUGUCAUCGGCUGAACCCCGUGCGCCUGCCUCCGCGUCCCUCCUGCCCAGCUACACGCAGAUGGAUGCAGGAUCAAGAGGAACGGAGAACGCGAGGAGGCAACCGGAGACGGAGGGAUGGAAACGGAGGACCGACGAAGAAGACAGAGAACGGGCACACAGACAGCGCGAGAAAGACAUACGCAUAUACAACGCCGUCUCUUUCUUGACGCAGCCUUCCGUGGCAUCGGCGCCUCACUCUGCGAAACGCACCUUCCUCCUCAGCAAAGGGCUCUCAGACCAAGAGGCAGAUGAGGCAUUUCGGAGAGCGCAGUCCCUCGCCUCUUCUUCGUUGCAGCCUCCGCAGACUUCCACUCCCUUCACAGGCGCCAGUGCCCCGGGCUUCGGCCGGGAAGGGAAGCUGUCGCCGAUUCACGCCCCGCAUUCAGCGGCUCUAUCUACUUUUCCCGGGCUCGCGACCGGCGGACGUGCCUUGGAGAUGCAGAGAAUAGACGAACGAAACGAACCACACAAAGGAACCCGGGGAUCUCUUUUGUUUUUCGUCGCUCUCGCUUUCUCCGCCGGCGCCGCGGCGGCCAGCGGACUUUUGCCGUUCAGCAGUCCUCUCUCCUUCUUCUGGAAGGAUUCUCACGCCGCGGGAGUUUCGCCGGCCGUGGAGUCAGGUCAAACGGAAGAGGAGCAAGAUGAAGAUCAGGGCGAAGGCGGAGAGGAGGCCGAGGACGUCAAGGAAGAAUCCGAGGCGCUGGAGAACGACGGAGACGAGGACGAAGAGGAUGCGCAGUCAUCGGGAGACGACGUCAGAGUUUUGUGGACGGCGAAGAAUCGGAGUCGCGAGCCUCCCCAGCGUGGUGAGCGGGCGAGGAAGGACUUCUCGCCUGCUUUCUCGUCAUCGCGAGCCUCCUACUCCUCCACUUCAUCUUCUCUCUCGGGUGUCUCAUCUCAGGGACGCCCUUCACGCAGGCGCAACCGUCGAACGCUUCGAAGAGGACGAAGUGCAGUGGGCGUCGGUACCGGGCACACUUCGAGCGAAGACAGCGAGACGCCAUCUCCGCAUGCUGGAAGCGUGCGCCAGCGAAAAAGCGACAGAGUCGGAGGCCCCAUAUUCUGGAGCAGCACCGGGAGUGGGGCAGCGCGCUCGCGUGACCGGAGUUCGUUGUGUGCAAAGAGAGAGGAAGAGCUCCUGUCUCUGUUCCGUCGACAAACGCAGACGCUGGAUCGCCUUGAGACGCUUAUCGCGAAAGUAUCGAAUCUCGUGGGCACGAAGCUGCCGUCGGACUCGGCGGAGACACAUGCGCCCGCUUCACCUCGUCAUGCCUAUCCCUCUUCGUCAGCUUUCUCGACAUGGAUGACGUCGGCUUCGUCAGGGGCGCUUCGGGUGCCGCUGGAAAAAGAGAUCGUUUCCUCUUCUCCUCCAUUAUUUGAGUCUGCUCCGACGCGUGCCUCCGCUUCGUUCGCGGCUUCGUCCACUGCACCCUUUUCUCUGUCGUCCUUCCCCCCGUGGCAGCAGUGCUCUGCCUCUCGCGGGACAGCCGCAUGGCUCGAUGAAGCCAAAAGAGAGAGGAAAACACUCCGAGACGAAGAGGCUGCUCGGAGCUGGUGGCGACGAAUGGGCGAAGGCACGAGGGAGGCUGCGGCGGACGCCGCAGAAGCAGACAACGCGCAGAAAGCCGCGCAGGAGGAAGCAGAAUAUGGGCGCAAAAGCAGCGCGGGCAAAGCGAGCGACGGCAGGUACCGCGCAACCGAGAUACAAGAUAAAAACGCGAACGCGCGUGAGACUGGAGAAAGGGCUUACUUGUCGCCCGGCGCGAGAGACAAGGACUCACAAAAGUCAGAUUUGCGUGACGACGCGUGGGAGGCGCCGGAAGGAAGGUCACAAGGGGCGGCGGAAGACGAGGCGGAGGCGUGGACCCACCUCGACGCCGCAGAGGCUGACGAGGAGGCUGACGACGGGGAAGAAGAAUAUCGGAGUAGCAAUGGAGGCACAGAAAUACAGGGAGCACACUCAGAGAAGACAAUGAAUUCCGACCCCGAGAAAGAGGGGAAGAACGGGACGCCUCAGUCUGAAGGCUUGGAAGCAUCGCCGGCGGCCACCCAAGACCGCUGCGUCAGCGUUGAAAUGAAGGAGAGGCUUACCGAGGCGGUCUGCGAGCUUGCCGACGCGGUUACGGCUGCCAACGGAAACCACCAAACAUCGCUUGGAACCCUUGUGCUCAUGCUCUCCAACCUCGCCUCUGCGGCGACUACAGAACUCCGCGUGCGGUACUCUCGCAUCAACACUCUUUCUCCGCGUUUCCAAGAGGUCACUUCGUUUUUGGUUUCACUCGGUUUCUCUGCCCAAGGCGCGAUUCUGGCGUAUCCUGCAACGGCGGACCUUGCUCCGGUGCUCGAGGCACAGCAUCGCGUGUCGGCGCAUCUAAACAGGCUCAUGCGGUCUCGUCAACGGUUGAGUUCUACCUCUUCGUCUGCAGCUUCCCCUCUUCCCGCGAGUGCUUCGUUGUCAUCCGCUAGCUCGUCCUCGAAUGGUGCAUCUUCUCUCCCUUCGGCUGCUUUGCUCUCGAACGCCGGCAUGCCUUCCUCGAGCUCGUUACCUUCGAUGUCGCCCCCUGCUCGGCGCCCAUCCGACGUUUCCUCUGCGCCGGAUGCCACAACUGCUUGCUGCGCUCCUUCACCGGGCGCCGCGUCCUCCUCUGCGCUCUCGCUGGCUGAGGCGUCCAUCCCGCUGCCCUCGGAGAGCGAGAGGGCUGUCGCUGAGAACUGCGAGAACGUGUCGCGCGUGCUGCCUGAUGCUAGGCAGCGUCUCCCGGGGGCAGCGAGCGCGUCGCCUCGCCCAGGUGUGCCUCCUUCGUCUUCGCUUCCCGCGUCAUCUUCGGAUGCAGACUCCGCUGUGCAGCCUUUAGACUCGCCAGCGGCCCUCCGGAGUCGCCUCGACAGCGAGGAAGCGAACGCGAACAACGACGAGGCGGACAGAGCUCGCCAAGCAGAGGCAAGUGAAGGGGGGACUAGAGGUCGAGAGCAACGAAAAAUGCUGGAAACAACGGUCACAACGAGUCAGAACGAAGCGAUAGUAGGGCCGCAAGACGGGCGAGACACACACAAGGUGAGAGACCUGUCGGAGGCGACAGGCGACACACAGAAAACGUUCGGAGAGAAGCCGCGAAAAGUCAAUGGUGCGCAAGCUUUCAACGCGGCAAUCGACGGGGAGAGGAUAACACCAGAGCAGCAAACGACUGAGAAGACGGGACAUUUGAGGGAUGCGAAGAACGAGACGGAUGAGACCGCACGUCCAUCCGAGUGA